AUGGAAUACAUCCGCGGUGAGCCGCUCAACAGGGCAUGGCACAGCAUGUCCACUGCGCAGCGCGACUCUGUUUUUGCCGACCUCAAACAGCACAUUGACGGCCUGCGCGCGCUCCCGGCCCCCGCGCCAGACAUUGUCUGCUCCGCGCUACAGAAUCCCGCGUGCGACUGUCGCAUCGGCGCCCAGUUCUACGGGCCCAUGAGCCACGACGAGUUUCACGCGCUCGCACGCGGCCACCUCCGGAAAGAGGACGUGCCGCUCCUGGGCGAGGCGCUGGCCGAGGUGCACGCUGCGCGCUACGAGACGCGCUUUGCCCACGCCGACCUCGCGCCCUACAACAUCAUUGUCCGGGACGCGCGUGUAGUGGCCGUCAUCGACUGA